AUGAUUGGCUACCGCAGAGGCUCCACAGGGUUGAAAACGUUGAUGUGGGAGACUUGUGUGUAUGGUGCCAUUCCCGCCACGACCCCAUUCUACCCAAUUCUCGCUAUGGUGAACUGGAACGAUCCUGACCUCGAAGCAAAAUUAGGGACACUUUCAGCACAGUUGUUGUAUGCUAUCCUUGGCUUAUACGGUCCGCUUCUGUGUCUGCAGCUGGGAAUAUAUACGCUCUUCACAUGUGGAGAUAGCACUACUUCAGAGGCAGCUUCCAUUUCGAUGGCCUUUGUGCAGUACAAUUCAGUCCCUUUCACACAAUCGUUGAUUGUCAAAGGGGCUCACCUCGAUUUUACGCAUGAAUUUAAUCACCAUAGUGAGCACGGGAACUGCGAGGUUGCUGGUUUACCACCAUAUUACCUAGUCUGCGACAAACGUCGCCAUCGGUUGCUCCACAACAAAUCUGAUGAUCAGAACGUGGCUUAUCUGGAAAACCAGUUACCUGCUGCGCCUCUUGCUAGUCCUCUUCUCACUGGGUCAUUGGACAAUGCUCACUCUUUAAGCGGGAUGUGCAUGAUCAGCUUUGUCAAACCUGCAUAUACUAGUGCGGUGAUCAUAUAUGGUACGCAUGUCGCAUUUGUGAUCGAUGGAUACAUGUUAAUCAGUACCUCUCAUUGGACUUUUGAGGACGCCAUCAUUUUCUACGCUGUGGAAGAUGCUCCUGAAACAAGGGGUGAUAUAUUUCAUCCUCAAUUUGGCAGCAAACCUUACCCUACUGACUUCACGAUUCCCGUUUCUUCACCGAUAUCUCUCAACUCGCCAUAUGCUCCCUAUUCUUGUUCCGGCCUAGUCAAGUACUCGAAAACUGAAUUCCCCGCUCCAAGACUGUUUCGCUGCAUUGCAAACGCAUACUCACUCUGUAUCGUCAGCUAUCAUGGAUUCUAUUUUCUCAAUGCCUGUACGAUUGCAUCUAGCCAAGUGGUCCUUGCGCUCCUCUGUCCUUCGACCACUUUCGAAAGGUCUUUCUUUUUUUCUUCUUCAUUUGGUAAAAUUCUUUGUCUGAGAUGCGUGUACCGCGGUUUACUUUUUAUGAAAGGAUUCAUAUUUCGGCUUCAACCCGCGGCAGUGAAAAAUGCAGUAACAGUCAAGCGUUUAAUCACAAUAUUUGCCCAGCUUUUUUCUUAUCUGAAAAUAUGUCCGAGUCACCCACAACGGAGGAGUAUGUCAACACUCUCGACAAGCUUAAUAUUCUUCUCACCAACGUACGGAAAACAUCAGAAUAAGGAUUAUGUGCUGUCAAACUACCGUCCAGUCGUCAAGUUCCGGAACAUCGAAGAGAGCGUGCUUCAGGCUGUCCAAACUGGCAGCGCAGAUGAUGUGUCAGUCACAGACAUUGACGGAAUAGCAGAUUCGGAUGAUGAAGAUGGAGCUGAGGACGAGCUGUUGGAAUCGGAGAUAGACGGACGCCAGCCUGCUCAAGCUGUUGCCUUCGAGAUUCAUCCUGACAUUGAUAUCAACUCGAAGGCAUUGAAGGAUAUGGUCUCUACUGACCCAGUUUCCGUAGUUUCCACUGUGGACCUAUCAUUCGUGUUGUCUCCGCAGGCUGCCACGAUGGUGACCGACGACGGAGAUGCAGAUUGGAAUUAUUAG